AUGCUGGCCCAAUUGCGCGCCCAAAGCAUCUUGUGCCGCAGCUCGUCCACUCCCGACCCUCGUCCCUUGGCCCUUUUCUCGCACACCAUCCGUCUGCCGCAAGCACCAUCAUCCGACUCUUUUUUGGCACCCAACCCAGAACCCAGUCGCCCAACUUGCGCAGCCCAGCCCAGACGUCCAGCUGCACGCCCAGGCCCCCAGUCCACCACGCCCAUCCUCCCUCCACCAAGCCCGCCAGACAGAAAUCUCUCCAGACCCGGCUUAUUAUUCGUUCAUCACUGUUCUGCCCUUUCUACCGGCCUAUACCUCGCCACUCGCCUUGACCCGCCACGAGCUUGA